GGAGGAGGAAAAAUGCCAUUGGGAAAGUAUUACUGCGACUACUGUGACAAGCAAUUCCAAGACACCCCUUUCGCCAGAAAACGCCACCUUCAAGGUCUUCAACACCUCCGAGCCAAAGCUCUCUGGUACGACUCCUUCAAGGAUCCCAAUCAGGCUUAUACUGACGGCUUCGGAAAAGGUGUUUGCAAUCGCUUCGUUAAUACUGGGUUUUGCCAAUAUGGGGAUUCUUGCAGAUAUUUUCAUCCUAAGAACAACUUGCAGAAUUUGAAUUACCAAGGGAUGUCAGGUUUGGUAGACAUUAAUCAGUCACAGGUUUUUCAAGGGAACCAAUUUGUUGGAAGCAACUCUGCGCCGGGUAAUAAUAUGACGGGAGAUAGAAUGGGAAUGUCGUGGGGAAAUCUACCUCCCUCGCUAAAGCCUCCUCCAGAGGGUGGAUAUCCGAGCCUUCCCUUUGUGGACUGGGGAUAGGGGGCCUAUUCAUUUUAGAACAGUUUUCUAAUGUAAUAUUAAUACGAAUCCUAUCGUUGAUCUUAUCGACAUAGAUUAGUAGACAA